AUGAAGCUGAGACAUCAUGGACUGCUUUGCGCUCUACAGGAGAAUCUGAAAGUCUUAAAGGAAGCUAAACGAGACUAUGACCAAACAGCAGCCCACAUUAAGACGCAGGCCCAGCACACAGAGAGGCAGAUAAAGAAGGAAUUUAAGAAGCUUCACCAGUUUCUAAGAGAUGAAGAAGCAGCAAGGAUAGCUGCACUGAAGGAGGAAGAGGAGCAGAAGAGUCAGAUGAUGAGGAGGAAGAUUGAGGAGAUGAAUGGAGAAAUAUCAGCUCUUUCAGACACAAUCAGAAAAAUACAGAAACAAAUGGAAGCUGAGGACUUUCUGUUCUUACAGAACUUCAAGUCUACAGAGAAACAAGCUCAGCUCAAACCAAAGGAUCCAGAGAAGACAUCAGGAGCUCUGAUCAAUGUAGUGAAACACCUUUCCAACCUGAAGUUCAGAGUGUGGGAGAACAUGCAGAAGAUUCUCCAGUACACCCCUGUUACUCUGGACCCCAACACUGCACAUCCACACCUCCACCUGUCUGAUGAUCUCACUGCUGUAGAAAACAGGAACCAGAGAUCAUCACUUCCUGAUAAUCCUGAGAGAUUUGAUGUUGGCUGGUUUGUUUUGGGUUCUGAGGGUUUUAACUCAGGGACACACUACUGGGACGUCCAGGUUGGAGGCAGUGAUAUCUGGGAACUGGGUGUGAUGACAGAGUCUGCAACAAGAAAAGGAUUUAUUUUCGGUGGUUCACUGUGGAGGCUAGGUUAUGUUUUUGGUCAAUACUCUCCAGAAGAGUCGAAUCUCCUCCUCCCACCUAAAGCGAAGCUGCAGAGGGUCAGAGUGCAGCUGGACUGGGACAGGGGGAAAGUGACCUUCACUGAUCUUCUAACCAACACACACCUGCACACUAUAACACACACUUUCACUGAGAGAGUUUUACCAUUUUUCUGUAAUGGGUCUGAUCAUCCUCUGAGGAUCUUACCAGUGAAGACGUCAGUAACAGUGGAACAGCACAGUUAAAGUUGAUGUUGCUUAGAAUGAACAUUUAUACAGGUAGUGAGUGUCUGAAUUAUGAUCAUAAGAAUAUGUCAUUACAUGUAUAUUUUAAAUAAUGUGUUUGUAUCAUUCCAUCCUAACAUGUCUGUGUGGAAACAAAAUGCUGAUUUAAAGUGUCAUAGAGUGACUACUGAUAUCAUUACAACAUUAGAAAUGUUAUUUGAGUGAGAUUUCACUCAUUUUCAGUGUAGAUUUUAUUUCUGUAUCAUCCUGCAUUUUUCUCCAUCAUUAGAUCUUUAAAACUCUGCUUUGGUCCAGAGAUUAAUAGUUUACUGUGUGAAAUAAACU